AUGGCAAAUAGAGCAGUGCCCCUGAACUCCAUUGCUGGAAGCAAACCAAUGCCGGUGAUUGGCAUGGGCACGGCAGCGUACCCAUGGGGCUCCCACCCUGAAGCAACAAGAUCCUCCGUCCUACGAGCUAUCGAGCUCGGCUACCGUCACUUUGAUACUGCCUCCCUCUACCAGUCUGAGGAGCCACUAGGUCAGGCCAUUGCUGAGGCCCUUCACAGUGGACUCAUCAAGUCCCGUGACGAGCUCUUCAUCACCUCCAAGCUUUGGUUCACUGAUGCCCACAAAGACUUAGUCCUUCCUGCCUUGCAGAAGAGUCUACAGAAGCUUCAGUUGGAGUUCCUCGAUCUCUAUCUCAUACACGUUCCCAUUGGCGUAAAGAAAAAACAGGAGACGACCGAUAACACAGCUCAAGAAACAGUGGAAUUGUGCCCCAUCGACAUUAGCUCAGUGUGGAUGGCCAUGGAGGAGUGCCAUGCACUGGGCUUAACCAAGUCAAUAGGCGUUAGUAACUUCUCCUGCAAGAAGUUGGAAACGUUACUGUCUAUCGCUAAGGUUUCUCCUGCUGUUAAUCAGGUGGAGGUGAACCCUGUUUGGCAGCAGAAGAAAUUGAGGGAAUUUUGCAUGGGCAAGGGGAUUCAAGUGUGCGCUUAUUCUCCGUUGGGAGGAACAGGAGCUCUCUGGGGCCAAGACUGGGUGAUGGAGAGCCAUGUCCUGAAGGAGAUUGCAGUAGAAAGAGGAAAGACUAUUCCUCAGAUUUGCCUGAGAUGGGUGAUCGAGCAGGGAGAUUGUGUGGUAGUGAAGAGCUACAAUGAGAAAAGGAUGCUGGAGAACUUGGACAUUUUCGACUGGGAGUUGAGUGAGGAAGACAAGCAAAAGAUUAGCCAGAUCCCGCAGCGCAAAAUUAUUACAGGCAUGAGACUUAUAUCGGACGAUGGGCCUUACAAAUCCCUGGAAGAGUUCUGGGACGGAGAGAUCUAA